ACUCGCUCCAUCUACAACAAGUCCGUCUUAAUGAUGGGCUGGUACGGAUAUGUUCCCUGCGUAAUUCCCUCCUCUCCCCCAAAAAUGGACCCCUUUCCGUCCCGCAAACGCGGACGGUCCGGUUGAUUGCAUCACGAUCUGCAGAUGGCUGUGUUGAUUUCUUGAGUUUGACCAUGAUGGACCACGUCGUUCCCACCCCUGAAGAGUCCGGUCCUGCAAGGAACGAUUAUGAAGAUCUGGAGCUGUUGAGUCCAAUACCGUGCGCAACCGGGCCAUAUUAAUGUCGUGCAAAGCUUGAAGGAACGGUCUGCCUGGGUGAUCGGCGAGGGGGCCCUUGACCUUGAUCACCCUGCUUCUUCGGUCCUCCUCUGUUCCUUACAAAUACUCUUCAACUCUUGCCUGCGACCAGUGUUUUCCUCCUGAGCAUAUGUUAUUCCAUACCUAAUUAUAUCCUCUAGCACACUCAACAACAUGAGAUUCUCUCUUCUCGUCAUCGCCGCUCCGGCCGCCCAAGCCGUAGUCUCCUACAUGGCCGCCGUCCCAGAGUCCCUCAUGGCCAUGGUCGAGUCUGCCGAUUGCACUUUGCCCGACGACUUCCAGAUCCAAAACUUUGCGGCCGAAUCACCAGACGGUGGGCAGACGCUCGACUCCCUGGAUUUCAGCUUCAACGACGACAGUACGUUACUCAGCACGUCAUGUCACCUCGACGCCUCGUCGAUACCCGUAGCAGGUGACGGCCGCACUGCGCGGUACGCCUGCGACGACACCCGCGUGCAGUUCAUCUGGCAGAACGGGACCAUCACCGUGAUUGAGAAAGUCUGCCCCGGUGACGACGGUGCCGCAGACUACGAGGCGUCUGGUACAGCCGCCGUUCCGGUGGUGUGCGACGGGGCCGCCGGGAACGGAACGGGCAACGCCGCACGUCUCAGGCGCAGCGGGAGCAAGAACAGGAGGGCCGUUGCGUGCAAGUCCAACUCGGAUGACAUCCGAUCGAAAUUCUUCAGCAUCCAGCCUGUCCCGGGUGGCGGCGAGAAGUAAGAAUUUUUGGGAUGAACUGAGGAAUAAGACAACGGAACUACGUGGAUGAUGAAACAGAUUGGCAAACGCAUUUUAACACCGACCAAGUGACCCAGCGUGGCAACGAACGAGGAUCCUGGGCAUAAGGUAACCAAGCGUGCCAGGUCAUGCUUCGCCCAACUGUUGAGCUAUACAGACUAGUGCAUGAUCGGAAGACAGUCACAUUUGCAAAGACGAACUAAAAUAGGAUAAUUAGUAGACUACCACUGCUU